CGGACUGACAAUUCCAGCCUAUCAACUCACGACUUGAUCUGUGCAGUCCCGAGCGCGGCUACCACACAUCUUACUCACACCUAUCCAUUCCAAUUUUUGCAUACUGGCAUAGCAUUGUCUACUGCUGCCGGACCUGCUCAUCGCUGGAUGCUGCGCGCACAGACCUCUCAACCUCGAAUCAACACGUAGCAAGGCGUUACGAGGGCGCGGGGCCAAGACCACAGAGCCAAUAACAGCACAGCACUUUGCAAAAUAUGGCUUUGCAAUCGAGCGCUGCCUCCAGCGCAUCGCACCUCUAUCGACGAGCGCAAGCUGUGCUCGAUGUUGUCAGUCCGCACGCAGCUCCCAACGAUGCGGCAGUGUUGGACAGCGGCGCGGUGCCCUACUUCUCGUGGUCAGUUUCAACCGCCGACAAUGCCACUUCGAGCAGCUCGACACUGAAUGCAUUGAAACGCAAGACACCAAGCGCGAUCCAGCGCCUUUGCAGGAACAAGGAAGGAUGGGGUCCCGUCUCGCAGUUUAGGGACCUGGAUCUCACACCCUGCGCUGCCGAUGCCUACCUGCUCGCUGCGCCAUCCCUCUUCUUUGCCUGCUUCGCUGCUGCCGAUCUGGCCAGGACAUCGCGCCUGCCUGCUCGAGCCUUGUCGCAGAGAUCAAAACAUGUGCUGAUAGCCAAGCAGGCCCUGCUAGGACUGUUGCUGGCUGCACAAAUCGCCACUGCUGUGCUUGACGGGCUGUACGGAGCGUGGCUGUCGAUGCAGGUGAUAGCUAGUGUCGUGCAAGCAGCGACGUAUGCCGUCUUGCUGCCUUUGGUAUCCCACAAUCAUCUGCGCAAGAGGAGAGGAUCGACCAGCGCUCUGCUCUACCUCCUCUUUCACAUCUUUGCCCAAGCAGCACGCCUUCGAACCAUCGUCAUUGGAGAGGCAGCAUCGCUGCAGCACGUGAUUCCCAGAGCUGCCAUUGUUGCACUCGUCGUACUGCUGUUUGGCCUGGAAUGCGUUGGUCCUUCGAUUGGAGCUUCACCAAAGUUGCCACUGGAUGACGACAGCCUCGCAGCGAAUGAGAGCGCGAUCAGCAACCUCUCACAGGAAGAGGUGCAGGCGUUCAACGAAAAGAGGGAAUGCCCCGAAGUGACAGCAAACAUCUUCUCUAGGCUCGCUUUCUGGUGGAUGAACCCCAUGAUGUCGUUGGGAGCAAAAAAGACGCUCAAAGAGGAUGACAUGUGGUCUUUGCCGCCUGGUGAGGAUGCUGAGGGCUUGGGCCUCCGCUUCGAGCACUACUACGCCAAGCUGCGAACCAAGGAAGGCAAACCGCGCUUCUGGACUGCUUUGGGCGCCGCUUUUGGAGGCCCUUAUGCCCUCGCAGCGAUCCUCAAGGCAGCCCAAGAUACAUUGGCUUUUGCGCAACCGCAGCUGCUUCGCUACCUGCUCACCUUUGUGCAAAGCUACGGCACAGAGAGCGGCGCGCCUGCAUCUCACGGCUUCGCCAUCAGCUUGGCCAUCUUUGUGGUCGCCGUCGUUCAGACCGCCUUCUUGCACCAGUACUUUCAGAGGUGCUUCCUCACGGGCAUGCGCGUGCGAGCAGGGCUCGUCUCCGCCAUCUUCAAGAAGUCUUUGCGCAUGAGCAAUGAGGACCGAGCGGGCAAGAGCACGGGAGAAACAAUCAACAUCAUGAGCGUCGACGCCACGCGCCUUCAGGACUUGAUGACCUACGGCCACAUCAUCUGGAGCGCAUUUUUCCAGAUGACGCUCGCUUUCGUCUCGCUCUACAAGCUUCUAGGAUGGCCCUCGCUCGUUGGUGUAUCCGUCAUGGUUGUCAGCGUUCCGCUGAACACGCUUCUCGCCAGGUACAUGCGCACGCUGAGCACCAAGCAAAUGAAGAUUCGCGACAGGAGGACCAAAUUCAUGAGCGAGAUCCUGAACAACAUCAAGAGCAUCAAGUUGUUUGCUUGGGAAGAAGCAUUCACCGCCAAGCUCCAUCAGAUCAGAAACGUGGAGGAAUUGGGCUUGCUGCGGUGGGCAGGAGCCGUGUCGAGUCUGUUUCAAUUUGUGUGGACAGCCGUGCCUUUCAUCGUGUCCCUGGCCACUUUUGCGACCUACUCGGCUACUCAAUCAACACCCCUUACGGCGGACCUCAUCUUCCCUGCCUUGUCGCUCUACCAACUUCUCAGCUUUCCUCUUGCCAUGGCGGCUGGCAUCAUUUCGGCCGCAUUGCAAGCAACUGUCAGCGCCAAGCGCAUCUGCGAAUUCUUGGAUGCUGGAGAACUCGACCCACACGCUCGUCUACUCACGCUUCCUGACCAGGCUGAGCAGCUCAUUCCUGCUGCUGAAGCCAAGAAGGGCGAGCCUUUGGUCACCAUCCGCGAGGGAGAGUUCAAGUGGAGCCGCAAGCAGCCCACACCGACUCUGCAGGACAUUGAUUUGACAGUCGGAAAAGGCGAACUGUUGGCUGUCCUCGGCCGCGUUGGAGAUGGAAAGUCGUCCUUGCUCUCGUGCGUGCUUGGGGAAAUGUACAGGAGCGACGGGCAGGUCACUGUUCGAGGACGAACAGCGUACUUUACUCAAGGUGGAUGGUGCAUGGGAACGUCGAUCAAGGACAACAUCUUGUGGGGUCUUCGAUACGAGCCAGACUUCUACAAGCGCGUAGUUGCGGCUUGCGCACUGGAGCCCGACUUUGCCGUGCUUCCCGAAGGCGAUGAGACGGAAGUGGGCGAAAAGGGCGUGUCUCUGUCCGGCGGGCAAAAAGCCCGGGUUGCUCUGGCACGCGCCGUGUAUGCGAGAGCGGACAUUUACCUCCUCGACGACCCUCUCGCUGCUGUCGAUGCCCAUGUUGGGGCGCACAUUUUCAAGCAUGUGAUCGGCCCUGAAGGUCUGCUCAAGACAAAGUGCAGGAUCCUCACCACAAAUUCGGUCACCUUUUUGCCAUUUGUCGAUCAGAUCAUCAGUCUUAGGCGCGGCACUAUCAUGGAGGAGCGCGGCUCGUACGAUGAGGUGAUGGAAAAGCGUGGAGAGCUCUUCACGCUCAUCAGCAGCCUGGGUAAGCAGUCUCAGCGUCAGCGAGAUGCUGCAAAAGCAGAUGAGAGGGCUCAUCAGGUCAAUGAAGAGGGACAGAACGGCAAGGUGGAAGCGAGCGACGCUGGAGAGAGCGUUGAUCCUACCAAGAUCAACGACAAACUGCUUCGACGCAUGAGCAACGCCUCCAUCGCUAGGCCUGCUGCGCUGACGCCCGCGCAGAUCAAAAGAGAGACCGUUCGCUCGCUGCGCGAGUCGACGAAACCGCAAGAAAAUAGGGCGGAAGGUGCAGUGUCCUGGAGUGUGUACAAGAAUUACGCUUCCAGCGCCUCGCUCGUCGGUGUGGGUCUUUAUAGCUUGGCGCAGGUCCUCACGCAAGUGCUGCAAGUCGGGAGAGAUGUGGUACUCAAAGUCUGGGCUGGCCACCCAGGCGAAGACAAGUACUACCUGACUCUGUACGCUGUACUUGGCUUCGGCGGCGCCGCUGCUGUCUCGCUGGCACCGCUCAUUCUGACGACUUGGCUGGUCAUUGCUAGCUCUCGCCGACUGCAUGAUGACCUCUUCCACGCUGUCUUGCGCGCGCCUCUGCAAUGGUUCGAAAGCACGCCUACCGGUCGGGUACUCAACCUUUUCUCCCGAGACACCAACACCAUCGACGAGGUGCUACCUCGCGUGAUCAGCGGCGCUUUCAGGACGCUCAUGGUCGCGUUUGGCGUCAUUUGCGUCGUGGUCUACUCCGUGCCGCUCUUUGUACUCGCGGUCGUGCCCCUCGGCUGGUUCUACGUGCAGGUAAUGAAGUACUACUUGGCGACAUCGCGCGAGCUGAAGCGUUUGGACGCCGUUUCCAAGUCGCCCAUCUUUACUUGGUUCCAAGAGAGUCUGGGUGGUCUGUCUACUAUUCGUGCCUUUGGACAAGAGACUAGAUUCAUUGCUACUUCCGAGGCGCGGGUGGACAGGAAUCAGGAAUGCUACUUCCCCGCAGUCUCGUGCAACCGAUGGCUGGCUGUUCGCAUCGAGUUCAUAGGUUCCACCAUCAUUCUCCUCUCUUCCAUGCUCGCUGUAUGGCUCUGCACCAGCGGCAAAGGCAAGAUGGACGCCGGCUUGAUGGGCCUGAUGCUGUCCCAGGUUCUCAACACUACGCAAACCUUGAAUUGGCUCGUACGAUCCCUCUCUGAAGUUGAGCAGAAUAUCGUGUCCGUGGAGCGAAUCCUUUCAUACUCGGAAGUGGAGUGCGAGGCACCCUACACAGUCUCGGAAGAUCAGCAACCGCCCGCUGACUGGCCACAGCGUGGAGAGAUUCAGCUGAAGGAUUACUCGACGCGUUAUAAGCCUUCGUUGCCGCUCGUGCUCAAGAAGCUCGAUCUUACCAUCAAGCCGGGCGAAAAGAUCGGUGUGGUUGGCCGCACGGGAGCCGGCAAGAGCUCUCUAACCCUCGCGCUCUUCAGGAUCAUCGAGGCAGCCGAGGGUGGCAUUUGGAUUGACGACGUCGACUGCCGAAGCAUCGGGCUUAGGGAUCUUCGAAGGGCGCUGGCCAUCAUUCCACAAGACCCGCAGUUGUGGGAAGGCACGCUUCGCGACAAUUUGGAUCCGACCGGCGAAGCUGACGACGUGGCCUUGUGGAAAGCGCUCGAUCAAGCUAGAUUGAAGGAUCACAUCAAUUCUUUGGAAGGCAGACUAGACACGCACCUCACGGAGGGCGCAAGCAACUUUAGCGCGGGUCAAAGGCAGCUCAUCUGCAUUGCCAGGGCAUUGCUACGCAACGCAAAGAUACUUUUGCUGGACGAAGCUACUUCGGCCAUCGACAUUGCGACGGACGAGCUCAUCCAGAAGCUCAUGCGCACAGAGACGAAGGGCGUCACGAUGAUCACCAUCGCUCAUCGUAUCAAUACCGUCAUCGAUGCGGAUCGCAUCCUCGUUCUCAAGGAUGGCCAAAUUGCCGAGUUUGAUAAGCCUCAGACUUUGCUUGCCAACAAACAAAGUAUCUUCUUUGACAUGUGUAGAGAGGCUGGGCUUGCACAGGUCGACGCUCAGAACGACAAGUGACGCGCUUGACCGAUAGACUUUUGUAUGCCAGGCGAGGGCCCGUCGCGAGCCACUUUGCUUGUCGACGAGCAGUACUUCGCAUCUCGAGCUGCAGACUGGCGUCUCACAUUGGAUCUGUAAUGCCAUCUUGCACCGGAUCUCUCC